AUGAGCAUCCAUUAUCUUGAACGCAUUGAAUCUGGCAACCGAGAUGGCUUGUGUCUGUGUAUUCGCUGGAACAAGGCACGAAUGAUUGUGCACAUUGAUCCAUCCCCAGCUGGGGACUUGAUGCAGGAUUCUCUAAUCAAGGAGUACGAAGACGCGAUUUGUAACAGCCAGCGAGAGGAAGACGCCAUGGCGGAUAAGAUCUUGGACACCAUCGUUGAAGUUGGGAGAUCAACCUUUGACCAGCUUAUCCCACCCAAGGACAAGCCUGCUCCCCCGCCAUCCCUGCAUUCUCUCCUUUUCCCAGAAGAAUUUACCUUUCUCCUUCACACGCGACACAAAGAUGGAAAGUGGAUGCUCGAAAACAGCGCCCAGGGCCCCGAUCUCUCGUUGAGAGGGGCACUGCCACUCGAUCUUGAGCUUAUUCAGGGGGCGGGUCUGCCCACAUUCUCUACCAAAGACAUAUUUGUGGUGGAUGAAAUCAUCAGCGAUGGACGCGUCUCUCGUGUUAUUGUGGAAGAUCAAGAAAUGUGCGCCAAAACCGCGAUUCAUCUGCCAACCGAGUCUCUUCAAAAAGAGCUGGAAAGUCUUUUGAAGAUUCGGGCCUCCAAAUAUGCCGACACUAUCCGGGUACCGAAAAUCCUCGGUUUCGUCAAGAGUCCAGUCCAUGCCAAGAUAAUCGGCUUCUUAAGUCAGUACAUUCCACCACCCGACGUUCUCUCCCUUGUCAGUCUCGAAGAUGUCAAGGCUUCCUCGUUUGCCGCGAGCAGGAGAAAGAAGUGGGCAACACAAGUGCGAGAAACUGUAGAACGGUUGCAUGAAGUCGAAGUUGCAUGGGGACAUGCGGCGCCUUCAAAUGUCUUGAUUCAUAAUGAUACUGAUGAUGCGUGGGUCAUUGACUUUGAUGGUGGAUGGAUGUAUGGCUGGACGAAAAGGAUUGUUGAAAUAGACCAAGAAGAGGUUGACAAGAUUUUUCAGUUGUUGGAAGUUUGA